GGCGGCGAACCGGACAGCACGUGACGUGGUGGGGAUUGGCGAAGCGCCGUGCAAGCCUGCUUCGCACCAACACAAGAGGAUGAAACGCUGGCCUGGCAUGUCGGAAAGCAAGACGAGGCUUCAAAUCGCCUCUCUGCUGAUGUGCUUGGCUCCUGUGUCAGUGUUGUGCCAGCAGCAGCGGUUCCGGGUGCGACCGUCCAACGUCAGCGUAGUGGAGGGAGACAGCGCCAUCUUGCGCUGCGAGGUGCACCAUCAGGUCGGCCAGCUGCAGUGGGCCAAGGACGGGUUCGCCCUCGGAUACUCCCGCCUGCUGCCUGGAUACUCGCGAUACCGGAUGGUGGGCGACCCGGGGUCAGGAGUGCAUGACCUUGAGGUCACUGACGUGCGCCUGGACGACGACGGCCGGUUCCAGUGUCAAGUCUCUCCAAACAAGGGGCAGGCGGCCAUCAGGGCUGAUGCUCUCCUCACCGUACUCGUGAAGCCGAAGUCUGUCAGAACCAGCUCGACUGCACGUUCUUCCAAGCCGGGGCUAUAUGAGGUCAGGGAGGGCAGUCAGCUGAUGUUGAAAUGUGACGUCAUCGGCGCCAGGCCGGCAGCUAGCGUCCAAUGGCAGCGGAACGGCGUUGACAUUCACCCACAACAAGAGGACUCGUUCUCCGGCUGGGGCAGCCCCCGCCGUAACGACACGACCUCGGUGGUGACACUGCGGCCCACUGCUGCCGAUGAUGGUGCCGGCUACUCGUGCGUGGCCAAACACCCAGCCAUCCGACCGGCCGAGCAGCGUCAGCUCAACUCCACCGUGCGACUUUCCGUCCUCUACCCUCCGGGAGUCCCUGAGAUCAGCGGCUACACGGAGGGCGAGGUGGUCAGAAUCGGCGAACAGAAGACACUGACCUGCAUCUCCCGGGGCGGCAACCCACCGGCCGAGCUGGUCUGGCUCAAGAACGACCGACUUAUCACCUUCAAAUAUCGGAAAAUGAACCGCCGCGCCCUUGCACAGUUCACAUUCAGCGUAACCGUGGAAGAUCUGAAUGCCAUCUAUCGGUGCGAGGCAUCAUCUCUGGUUCACCCUGAACCCAUGGUGGCGCUAGCCCAAAUGAACGUGCAGUUCGGUCCGGAGAAGGUCACAGUGUCAGGCACGCGUGAGGUCAAAAGCGGCGACACAGUACACAUGACCUGUGUCACAUCCAGCAGCAAUCCGCCGUCCAACAUCACGUGGGUCAUCAACGGAAGGACUAUGAUGAAUACCACGCAGAGCAUCGAGCACUUCCCCGAGCUGGGCUGGGUGUCCAGCUCAAAGGUGACGGCCGCGGUGCCGGCCGGCUUGGCCGAGGACAUGGUGGUCUCCUGCUACGCUGUCAACCCGGCGCUCUCACUCACCAAGGCGGCUUCCGCCACGGUGACGGUGCUGUAUCCUCCGAAGCCGCCGAGCAUCUUGGGCUACGAGCCAGGCACGUACCUGCAGGCUGGGGAGCGGGUGUCGCUCUCGUGCGUCUCCCAGGGCGGCAACCCGCCGGCCACCCUGACCUGGUACAGCGGCGACGUCGAGAUGGCCUCCGACACCGAGGUCGAGGACAACGUGGCCCGGAGCGUCAUCACGUUCGAGGUGGACCACAAGGACAACGGCAGGGUGUACAAGUGCGACAGCCAAAACUCGGCAGGCAGCGGCGUACAAACGGCUACAGUCUCCCUCAGCGUCUAUUUUCCGCCGAGCAGCCUGAAGCUGGAGGUUCGUCCGGAGCGUUUGCGGGCGGGCAGUCAGGCGAUCCUGACCUGUGAGUCCCGGCCCUCCUACCCGGCCGCUGAUCUCACCUGGUGGCGGGACAACGCCCAGGUCACCGAUGGAGUCACGGCGCUAGAAACGUUCCCGGCUGGAAGUCAGGGAGGGUACUCGAGCCGACUUCAGCUGCGCCUGAACCUCACCUGGACACACGAUGGGGCCGUGUACGUGUGCCGGUCGCAGAUGUCCGAGCUGCCAGGCGGACUGAAGCUGGACACCAUGCUGAACGUCACAUAUCCACCGGUAUUUGCCCAGACCCAGCUUGUGGAGGAUAUUAGGCUCGGCGGGUCGCGCCUCCUAAACCUGACAGCCAGCGCCAAUCCCGGCAACAUCACGUACCACUGGUAUCGGGAGUCAUCAAUAGAUGACGCAAGGAUCGUCUUUGAGGGGCCUUUUCUCAAUAUAUCAGGAGCGUCGAAGGAAGACGCUGGCUGGUAUCAGCUGACUGCACUGAGCCCAGAGGGCAACUCCAGCAUUCGAGUCGGCCUGAACGUCCAGUAUCCACCAGAAAUAGUGUCCAUCUCCAACGUGUCCAUCGUGUCCUCGGGAGAGGAAGGAACCGUGGUCUGCAGAGUCGACGCCAACCCCUUCACUGACGCCAUGAUCACCUGGCACCGCGACCUCUUCAACUUCAACUCCAGCAGGGUCACCAUUUUCUCCAGGAACGGCACCUCCUAUCUCACCAUACGCAAUGUCACCAGGGAGGAUAUUGGAGAAUUUCAUUGUCGCAUUAACAAUGGAAUCGGAGAAGCUGCAGCCGCAGCCAGACUAGUGGUCAAACACGAGCCCGAAUUUAUUAGAAAAAGACAGUUUACAAAGACAGCUGCCGAGAUCGGAGGAAAUGCUCACAUCACGUGCCAAGCACGAGGGGCCCCGAAUGUCACGUUCCGCUGGUCUAAACUGGGCGUGGAUAUUGGUGAUCAAGAAGACAACAAAUACCAGCUGGAGUACACUCAGCUUGACCUCGUGACCUGGCAAUCGGUGCUCAAGAUCAAGGACGUGCAGGCCUCGGACUACGCCACCUACGAGUGCGUGGCUCAUAAUGAGCUCAGCUCCAGACGCCAGGAGCUGGUGCUAGGCCGUCCCAGCUCCCCUGACCCGCCGAUGGGACUGAAGGCGGUCAACGUGUCCCAUGACGCGGUCACUCUCUCCUGGUACCCCGGCUUUGACGGAGGCUUGCCGCAGACCUUCAGGAUACGCUACUCAGCGGUGUCUGACAAAACCAAGUUCAGCUACGCCCAAGUCCAGCCGUCCAACGCUACCCACUUCAGGGUCGAGGGACUGGCCUCCGAUACUGCGUACAUCUUUGCAGUCAAGGGAUAUAACAGACGCGGGGAGAGCACGUACUCGCUGGCCGCCGAACGCAGGACACUAGGGGACGUUGACACCGCUGAGAGGCUAACUUCUGCGGAGGAGCAGAUGCCGUGGAUCAUCAUCAUCGUCGUCUCAUCUUUAGGAGGGCUUCUGUUGCUUUUAAAUGUCGUCCUAGUUGUCAUCUUUGUGCAACGACGAAAGCGACUGGCGAAGAUGAAACUGAUGCCCAUCGCUUCCUCCAACGAAACGAGCACCAAGUCGGAGACACUUCACAUGUACGGCACUGCGAGCUCAAUGUCGGUGAAGAGCUGUAGGAGCUACACCCGAGAGGACAGCCUUGACAGUCUGAACGACUGUGCAGUCAGCGGCGGCCGUCACAGCUUCGACCCGUACCUGGGCGCGGCGCUCAUCGAACCUCCAGCCGAGUACUGCUCGCGUGCAGCCGCACCGCCCAGGCCGUCAAUGGACCUGGGAAUCUACGUCUCGCCGACUCUUCAGCCUGCACCGGCUGGCGACGAGUACGCGGCGCCGAAGCAACGGCACCUGGCGAACGACCAGAGCCUGUCACCGACCCGGACCGCCCCGGCCCGGGACGAGUACGUGUCACCGACCUCGCGGAACGCCCCGGCUCGGGACGAGUACGUGUCACCGUCCUCCUGGACCACCCCGGUCCAGGAUGAGUACGUGCCACCGACCUCGCGGACCGUCCCGGCCCCGGACGAGUACAUGCCAUCGACCUCUCGAACCACCCCGGCUCGGGACGAGUUCGUGUCACAGACACCACUCCGGGUUGGGUUCCUCCCGCCGACCCGCCGGGGCACCCCGGACCUGAACGAGUACUUGUCUCUGACUCACCGGAGCGCCCCGGCUCGGGGAAAGCGCCUGUCACCCGCUCGUGGCUCGCCGCCGGCCGGAGAGCUGUACGUGCCUCGGACGACGCAGUGUGCCGACCCCGGAGAGCACUACCUGACGCCAACGGUGCGAGAUGUGCCCGCCGCGGAGCAGUACGUGGACGCCACACAAAACCAGUUCUGGCAUCUCACUCAGCAUCAGCCAGUAACCCCUGUACACUACCCUCUUACCCCGAGUGUCCCAUACCCACCGCCUCAAGGCCAGUACCCCUUCCUAUGACUCGAGCGGCCCCAGCGGUGUGAAGGGCUCGGUGCCGCAGCUCAGUCUGCAGUCCACCUACUACCCAGAGACGCGCCACUACUCGACGCUACCCCACCAGCGGCCGCCGUCGACCAAGCCGCUCUCCAGCUUCGGCCGGCUGGCCAGCCCGCCGCCGCCGUCCAUACCGGAGGCGACGCUCGAGCACCGCGGUCACCUGGUGUAGCCGCCACACCACGUGAUCUGCUCUCGGCUGUGAUACACGGACGCGCGCGGGCGGACGGCCCCGACCGGCGGGCAGUGCCGCCGGACACUGGUGACGCCGUGGUGGACUGAUCCGGCUCACUUAUUGUAUAUUAGGGAAGAGCGUUCUGGGGAACCGGUGUGCUUCGCGAACAAGUCAAGUAUUGAAGUAUUGGAACACAGGUCGGAUAUGACCUGACGUAACUCGAAACCUGUCUUCCUGGGAAGCACUGGGUCAGGAUUAUCCAGUACUAGGCAGGCUCAAAAGAGCCGUGUCAUAACUAGAAGAGGAACUUUAACUAGCCGAGGGACUUAAGCUCAUUAAAUGGACGACAAUGCUGCUGAUUUAUUCAACUUGUAGUGUUAUGAUGUCCUUAAUGAAAGUAUGAAGUCAUCGAACAAACAAGCACAUGGUUGAAAGUGCGUUUUUGCUAGGGGUGAAUAUCGUGCAAACGGACAAAUUCCAGUGGACCCUCAGUUUCACGUGCCUUUAGUUCUCUCGCCUGGGUAACCCAAAGAAAGAAGCAGGAAGUGGUAAGAUCUGUGCUUUGCUCACGAUAAGAAAACUUCAGCAUCAAGUAGGUGCUGUUGCCGAUCUGGUGUGUUGCUAGCCCCUCUAGUCACCCGCUCCUGAACUGUACUUAUCUGAUGAUGUGGGCUUGUUCGUGUCGCGUGAAUUCCGGGAAUGCCGUCAUGCACCAAGUGCUCUCUGUAGUAAGCUUGGUGCGAUUUUUCUACUGUUGAGUAUUUGUAACAAUACACUAUAGAGGAG